ACUUGUUCCAUAUACUUUUCCCUGCUGUGGUCUUACUAUCAUUGUAGUUCUAAGAGCAUUAUCGCGCCGGUAUCUGCCGAGACCGAGCUUGCAAACAGCUCAAUUGUGCCAAGGAAUAUCGGAUCUGGAGGAAUAUAAACCCGGGCCCCUCUCGGCGCACGGGCCACACUGCUGAAUCAGCAAGCUUCUUGCAUGCUCGCGCCGCGUCCAUAAAUGUAUCUACUGCCCAUGCGACCUUUAGACCUGAUAUCCCAACCAUAGCCUACAUUAAUCCUUUUAACGAAUGACAAUCAAUUUUCAUAGCCAUCCGACCAACGACCUCACAACUCAUUGUUUCAAAGCUACCCCUCCAAAUCCGCUCUGGUAUCACUCUUGAGGGAGACCUCUGUUUCGGUGUUGUGUAGAGAAGCCAUACGAAGAUGCAGGCCAUACCAGAUGCACGCCAGCAGACCUUCGAGGAGAUAUAUGGCCCUCCUGAAAACUUCCUCGAAAUUGAGGUAAGAAAUCCUCAAACUCACGGCACAUCGCGCAACAUGUAUACCUCCUACGAAAUCGUCUGCCGUACCAACAUCCCCGCUUUCAAACUUAAACACUCGGUCGUGCGCCGCCGCUAUUCAGACUUCGAAUACUUUAGAGAUAUAUUGGAGCGUGAGAGCGCGCGUGUGACAAUUCCACCGCUUCCGGGGAAAGUAUUCACCAAUCGGUUCAGCGAUGACGUAAUUGAGCAUAGACGGGAAGGUUUACAGCGGUUUUUGCAAAUAGUUGUAGGGCACCCCCUACUGCAAACGGGGAGUAAAGUGCUUGCGAGCUUUGUGCAAGAUCCCAAUUGGGACCGGAAUGCAUGGUAGGAACAAAAUUGGAUAUACCUCUUUGACAGAUUUUUUUUUUCUUUUUUUUUUUUAAAAAAAAAAAAACGCUACAUUAUAUUCUUCCGAGCUACGCAAGAAUUAUACGAGGCAUGACGGUCAAAAAAUUGCAGAGUGUCUUCCUUUUUCCCCUCUCUCCUACUUUUUCAUUUCGACAAUACCCGACUGAAAACAAUCUGGACAGAAUGUUUUAAGAGCACUAAGCGGAGAACAGACGAUCAAGUAUUUAAGUGACGGACGUGAUGCCUUGAUCGAUUUGAUCAACAUUCAUAUUUGCCUGGAUGGAAGGUUAUCUGUUCACAAAAAUGCUGGCAACCUCGUGUUUCUGGGACCAUUCCGAUACUGCCAUCAAACUAACGACAGGAUGAAUUGACAUGUCCGUACUGUUUCUUUGGAUUUUGAUCUCCUAUCUCCGCCUACACCCUCCAUUACACACAUCGAAGGUUCUCAAUAAUCUUUUUCCUACCUCCCAUUCUCGCCCUGUUCUCACUCCUUCUUGCCGUUCCGUGCACACCAUUUGCUUUAUUUUAACCAACUCACCCAAGCGCGUAUUCCACCCUGUUCUUUGUAUAUUUUCUUUCUUGCCCCCGAUUCUCCUUCACAUUCUCAUAUAUAUAUCCUUUCAAGCUAAGUUACCAAGCCUUCCUUCAAUAAGCCAUCUUAUCUUUAUCUCUACAAUGGAGCGAAAUUGGAGACUCUUGAUUUUUACAUUUUCCCCCUCUCAUGUGCAGGGUUACGUACUAGAGUGAGUCCCAUGUACCAUCAACCCCGGUAUUCUAUAGCCUGUUCAAAAAUACGAUAUGCAUAUCUCAUUUGCCUAGAAGGUCGCUUGUCAAUUUCUCUAAACGGUAUGAUACAGAUUACGCGACGUUUGUUCGGCUGUUAGGAGCUCUGUCUGAGCUUUCUUUUGGCGAUUUGUAAAGGGCUCUCAUUUCCAGUACUCGUACAUCAAAUAAACAUGGCUACUAAGGUGAACUAAUGCCAAUCGGAUGGUGAAAUGUUGAGUGGUUGUGUUGACUGUGUGAUAAGAUGGGGCCGAAACUUACAGAUAUAUGAAUAAGUCGCCUAUGACACCUUAGAAUAAUCACUUAUAUUACACUACCGGUUGAAUCAUUAACCUGUAGGAAAUCCGUAAAAAAUAUGACUAA